GGAUGAAGAAGGAGAGUGAGAAGGGAUGGAAGUAGGAGAAGGAGCUGGCGUUAGGGAGGAGAAGGAGGAGGAAGAGGAGGGACAAAGGAGGAUCAGGGAAAGGAGAAGGAACCAAGAGGAUUUCCCAUUCCCAAACCUUGGCCGGAUGGAGAAGGAGGCUGUGAGGAAGAGGAAGAUGCCCCAGGACACCCAGGCAGACAAGGAGCUGAGGAUGGAGACCAGGGAGGACAAAUCCCCACUGCAGAACCUCAUGGAAGAGGCCGUUUUGAGCAGCUCCACAGCACAGGAAUCCAAUGGAGAGGAAAAGCUUCGGAGAUCCUGCAGGAGGAGGGGCUCCAAACGCUGCCUAGGGUGCUCUGAGGAGGAAAGACCCACCCUGUGCCGGGAAGGUGGCCAGAGAUCCAGCCGGGGCUCUGAGCUGGUGGUCCAUGAGCAGCUUCAGGAUGGGGAGAAGCGCUACAAGUGCUUGGAGUGUGGGAAGAGCUUCAGUCGGAGCACCAAACUGAUCUGCCACCAGAUGAUCCACACUGGGGAAUGGCCCUACGAGUGUGGUGAAUGUGGGAAGGACUUCAGCUGCAGCUCCAAACUCAUCACCCACCAGCGCAUCCACACUGGGGAGAGGCCCUACGAGUGUCCUGAGUGUGGGAAGAGGUUUCAGAGCAGCUCCCAUCUCCUCCUGCACCAGCGGAUUCACACGGAUGAGAGGCCCUUCCGCUGCCCUGACUGUGGGGAGGGCUUCAAGAGAAACUCCAGUCUCAUCUGUCACCGGCGCAUCCACACUGGGGAGAGGCCCUACGAGUGUGGGGAAUGUGGGAAGAGCUUCAGCCACACCUCCAACCUGACCAUCCACCAGAGGAUCCACACUGGGGAGAGACCCUAUGAGUGUGAGAAAUGUGGGAUGACCUUCAGAUGGAGGUCCCAACUGACCAUCCACCAGAUGAUCCACACUGGGGAGAGCCCCUAUGAGUGUCCUCAGUGUGGGAAGACAUUUCAGACCAGCUCCCAUCUCCGCAAUCACCAGCGGAUUCACAUGGAUGAGAGGCCGUUCUGCUGCCCUGACUGCAGGAAGGGCUUCAAGCACAACUCCCACCUCAUCAGGCACCGGCGCAUCCACACUGGGGAGAGCCCUACGAAUGUCCCAGUUGUGGGAGGAGCUUCUCCAGGAGCUUUCACUUGACCAAACACCAACAGAGGCACCAGUAAGGGAAGCCCUGCGAGUGCCC